AUGCCGUGGCUGGGUAUCGGCAUGUGGUGCAAUGGCUGCCCGCCCAGGGGAUGCGAAGACGACGAAGCUAUCAUACACGGUUACUGCUGUGGUUGUAGCUUUCCAUUAGAUAACUUACCUGUACUAUGUCCCGAAUUUCUACAGUGUCCACUCAACUUACACGGCCUGUGUCACGACUAUGAGUACAUGAUGAGGUGCUGCUGUUAA